UUUAAUUUUCUUGUCCGCCGGCCGUCGCUCAGCGCUCUGUCGUGACUCUUUACCAAUUGGCAUAUUUUGGCAGACGUCCGACCACUUAUAUUAAACUUAUCUAUACAUCCGAUGACAUCUUAUGACUGUUCUGAGUAUACUAUUAUGAAAAUAAUAUUAGUGUUUAGUAGGCACUAGGCAGUAGCUUAUAUUAUUAUUCGAUGACAAAAAUAUUAUACAGUAGGCAGUAGCUGACAACUUCACAGAAAUGGAUGACAUAAGGAGUACAUCAAGUGAACAAGGUUCAAAGCAAGUUCUGAAAUCCUAUAAUUGUGAAUCAACAAAAUAUGAAAAUAGCAAUCACGCAGUUGAAGUAUUAAAAGGCCUUCAAUCAAUGCAAAAAGUUGAAAAUUUAAGUGAUAUAAUUCUUCAAACUGAUGAUGGCCAAAAAGUAUUUGGUCAUAAGGCUGUUUUACUAGUAGUUAGUCCAUAUUUCCGUGCAAUGCUCCCUAGUAUUUAUGAUAGAAAUCAAGAUUUUGUUAAUAUAUCAAUAGAUUCAACUACAUUAAGAAUGUUGGUUGAUUACAUGUACACUGGCGUAAUCACGGUCACUAGAGAAAAUGUAAAGGUAUUAUUAGCAGCUGCAAAUAUCUUACAGAUGGACUAUGUAAAAGAUGUAUGUGCCGAGUUUUUGCAAACACAACUGAAUCCAUCAAAUUGUCUUGGUAUCAAAGCAUUUGCUGACUUACAUAACAGUGUAGAAUUGCUAUCAAGUUGUGAAGCAUAUAUUAAAAAACAGUUUUGCGAAGUGGUCGAAUAUGAUGAGUUCUUGUCUUUAUCUUUUGAAGAAAUGAUUGGGCUUAUCUCCUGUAAUGACCUUAAUGUUCCAUCUGAAGAAAAAGUAUUUGAAUCUGUCAUUAAAUGGGUACAGCAUGAAUUAGAUUUAAGAGCUGAUGAUAGUUUACUGAAUUUAAUGUCUUAUGUCCGUUUGCCAUUAAUUGGUAUACAGUACAUAUUAAAAGAAGUAGUUGAUCAUCCUCUUCUUCAACGCAUUCCUAAAUGUAAAGACUAUGUAAUUGAGGCGUUACGAUUUAAUCUACUUAAGACACAACAAAUUUUCACCAUUCCACAGUCAAUUCGGAGUAAACCUAGACAGUCUGGACAUAAAGUUUUUUUGGUAUUAAGUUGGUCUCGAGCAAUGAAAAUGAGUUAUACUAACUGGUAUGACCCAGAAACCAACAGAUUUCAGAUUGCACCAGGAUUGAAAGAAUGCCGUAGUAAUGCUGAUUUAGGCUUGGUGUCAGAUCAAUUUGUAUUUGCGGUAGGUGGUGUUUAUAACUCAAGUUCUCGAUCUGUUGAAUUUAUAGAUAUAUCGACACGAUCACUAAGAUGGGUACCAAUGAUUGACAUGUUAAUUAGUCGGAGAAAUUUGGGAAUUGGAGUAGUAAAUAAUUGUAUAUACGCUGUUGGCGGAGAAGGUGAUACUGGCCAUUUAAAUACUGUAGAGGUUUUUGAUGGCAGUAUUCAAAAAUGGCGAAUGGUGUCCAGUAUGUCUACUAAAAGAAGUAGAUUUAGAAUUGGAGUACUUAAUAGUCUCUUAUAUGCUGUAGGAGGUUAUAACGGUUCUUCAUAUUUAAAAUCAGUAGAGUGUUACAAUCCUACUCUUGACACAUGGACCCCAGUUGCAGAAAUGUCAGAACCUCGCAUUGGUGUUGGUGUUGGAGUCUUGGGAAAUAUAAUGUAUGCUAUUGGUGGUUGUAAUAGCUCAGGAUUUUUUAAAUGUGGCGAGAAGUAUAGUCCAAGUACUGGAAAUUGGACUCCUAUUGCUGACAUGCAUUUGUGUCGAGCUUGUGCUGCAGUUAUCAUUUUUAAUGGAAUGGUGUAUGUGAUUGGUGGAUUUAACAAAACGUCUGUUUUGUUUUCUAUAGAAAUUUACAAUCCUGACACCAAUACCUGGUCCAUAAAAAUAUUACCAAAAUGUAUUGGUCAAAUUUAUGAUGGAGUAGUUGUUAAUAAACCACUGUAUGAUUAAUGCCCACAGUAACUAUGUUUAUUCAUAAUUCAAUAUAUUUUAUAUAAUAUUAUUCUUUAUUAUGAUGUAUAAUUUAACAAUUAAUGUUGUUA